GUUGGUUGGUAGUGCGCCUUUAAAACAAAGGAAGAAGAAUGCAGCCUACCACACUUGCGCGCGCGAUACAAGUGGUUUGUUUACAUCGGUGAAGAAUUGAGGAGCUCUACGCAGACAUGUCACUGUCCCUGUAAAAUACGGGGUUCACAUCACGUUUCGUCACAAUGUCGAUAAGCCCGGAUCAGGAGGCCCUGAUUGGCAGAGUGUUUGAAAGCUACCUGACAGAGCAUCACCAUGGCGACAUUCUCAACCUUCUCGCCGACACUGAUGAAGAAACCCAUCGCGCUGUGGUUGUUAACGCCAUGACUUUGUUUGAAGCCAAUAUGGAGGUUGGGGAUUAUUUCAAUGCCUAUCCCAACGAUGUACUGGCUAUAUUUGAUAAAGUGCUCCAAAGAACUGCCCUUCAGUUAUCCGAGGGAGCCUCUCCAAAGCAGCGAGCCAAAGAGGGAAUGACACACACUCUUCAUGCCCGCAUCACAGGUCUGCCAGUGUGUCCAGAGCUGACCAGAGACACUAUUCCCAGGUCCAGAGACGUAGGACACUUUCUGUCUGUCACUGGUACUGUCAUACGCACCAGUGUUGCCAAGGUUCUGGAGUAUGAGCGUGAUUACAUGUGCUCCAAGUGUCGUCACGUCUUCACGGCGCAGGCGGAUUUUGACCAGUUCUACACCUUCGUGCCGCCAGCAGCCUGUCCCAGUCCGGAUGGAUGCGAAUCGUACAAAUUCAUGUGUCUGUCUGGAGGAUCAGAGCCGGCCGCAUGCAGGGAUUUCCAGGAGAUCAAGAUACAGGAGCAGGUGCAGAGGCUGUCAGUGGGCAGUAUUCCUCGGUCCAUGGUGGUGGUUCUGGAGGAUGACCUUGUAGACAGUUGUAAAUCUGGAGACGAUGUGACGGUUUACGGGGUGAUGUGUCAGCGCUGGAAGCCCUUCUAUGAUGCCGCCCGCUGUGACGUGGAGCUGGUCCUCAAAGCCAACAACAUAGAGGUGAACAACCAGCAGGCGGCCAACGCUCUCCUCAUGAAGGACGUUCAGAAGGAGUUUGAAGAAUUCUGGGAAAGCUACCAACAUGAUCCAAUAGCCGGAAGGAAUCAGAUCUUGUUGAGUCUGUGCCCGCAGGUGUUUGGCAUGUACGUGAUUAAGCUGGCAGUUGCCAUGGUGUUGGCUGGCGGAGUGCAGAGGAUAGAUUCUUCUGGAACAAAGAUCAGAGGGGAGUGUCACUUGUUGCUGGUCGGCGACCCCGGCACAGGGAAGUCUCAGUUCCUGAAGUACGCCGCUAAGAUCAUGCCUCGCUCUGUGCUCACUGCUGGCAUUGGAUCAACGAGUGCAGGACUGACGGUGGCCGCGGUGAAGGAUGGAGGAGAAUGGCACCUGGAGGCCGGAGCCCUGGUGCUGUCAGACGGAGGGUUGUGCUGCAUCGAUGAGUUCAACAGCAUCAAGGAACAUGACCGCAUCAGCAUCCAUGAGGCUAUGGAGCAGCAGUCCAUCAGUGUGGCCAAGGCUGGCAUAGUGUGUAAGCUGAACACUCGGACCAGCAUCCUGGCAGCGACCAACCCUAAAGGACGGUACGACCCCAACGAGCCGCUGUCAGUGAACGUGGCGCUGGCCAGCCCGCUGCUCAGCCGCUUCGACCUGGUGCUGGUUCUGUUGGACACCAGGAACCCAGAGUGGGACCGCAUCAUCUCCUCUUUCAUCCUGGAGGAGAGAGGUGUGCCUGCUGAGGGGGCCAGCCUGUGGUCCAUGGAGAAGAUCAAGGCUUAUUUCAGUGUGAUUAAGCGCUUAAAGCCGCAGAUGUCCGAGGACGCUAACAUCAUCCUGACGCGGUACUACCAGCUGCAGAGGCAGAGCGACGGCAGGAACGCCGCCCGCACCACCAUCCGCAUGCUGGAGAGCCUCAGCAGGCUGGCUGAAGCCCACGCCAGGCUCAUGUUCAGAGAGACGGUGACCAUCGAGGACGCUGUCAUGGCCGUCUCUGUCAUGGAGUGCUCCAUGCAGGGCGGCGCUCUGCUGGGAAACGUAAACGCAUUGCUCACCUCGUUCCCUGACUCCCCCACGCAGCAGUAUCAGGCUCAGUGUCAGGUCCUGCUGGAGGGGCUGAACCUGCACCUGCUGAUCCAGAAGGAGAGCGACAGACUGGCCAGGCUGAAUAGCAACACCUCUGAAGCCUCCCAGUUUGAUCCUCCAACUGAUAAUUGCCAACAAGACACACACUCCACGAACAAAACACACUGCCAUGAAAGCUCCAGUAACCAGGAUGAUGUCACAGGGGAAACUGGCUUGGACUGGUUCCACUCCAUCGCGUCAUCGUCGUCACCAGAUGUCACAGCCCCGUCCGUCAUAACAUCCACUAAAGGAAACCCGAAAAGAAAACCAAACUCCAGCUGGUCAGAAAUGUCCACAGUCAGCAAAGAGCCCAACUGUCACACUGAGAAAGUCAUUCAGAGUAACGCUGACUCAUCGUUAAACCAGGAUGCUGAUUUAAAUCGGUCAGCAACAAAUACCUCUGCUUCAAUACAAAAACAUGAGGAGUCGUCGGGGUGUGUGUUGCAGAAAGUGUCUAAGAAUCUGAGAAUCAAAAGAAGGGCGCUGCAGCUGAGUCAUCCUCAAGGUGACGAAGAAGGAGGAGGACAUGUAGGGAGGGUGGUGUCUGGAGAUGUGAUUGAUACAGCUUCAGAUUCUCUCUCAGACAGACCUAAGAACUGUUCCUCAAAGCACGUAGCUCAGGACACCUUGUCAAAGGACAAAAGUGACCGGACUGUGAGUAAAAACAUCAGCACUGUACUGAAGGAAAAGAUGGCGGCUGAAGCAGGUAAAGAUCUGCAUACAAAGUUGUCAGGCUUCACAUUCAGACCAAGGAAGAUGGUUCAAAAUCAUAACUCAGUCUUCAACAUUGACUCAGAGGUCCUAACUUCCUGUAACCCAGGCAGCAGAGAUCCUCACUCAAGCACAGAGAGCAGGAAGAGCAAACAGAAGCCAGAAACUAGUAAGAAAAGACCAAAUAACCAAAGUCUUCCUGAAGAUGGAAACCAGAUACAACAGGAUAGCAGCAAGGCGGGAGAAAGUGUGUCAGAAGAACAAAGAGUUGGCACGAGUAAUGAGAAUACAGUAGGUAGCUUCGCUUGCUCCACACCUUUAAAACCAAGCUCCUGCAUCGACGAUCCGGAAUCUUCCAAAUUAGGACACAACAAUUCCAUUGUGGCCUCGUCAACCCUGGCUAAACUCUCAAGAUUCUCCUUCUCCUGUGCAACUGAACCCACAACCCAAACUGAUAUGGGAAAAAGUUCUACUAGAACAGACAAAAGUCCAGAUGGUGGGGAAUGUUCUAGAGGAACUCUCCCCAAACACAGUGCCUUAGUAAGGAAGAUAAAGACUGUAGUGACAACCACAUCACGACAGGGACAAGGACAAGGGACAGAUCAAGGCAAGCACACAGAACCAACCCAUGCUGCAAACCAGGGGAGCGAGGGUCCUGUGGACUGUCUCAGCAGCGCUAAUCUGAAGAAGAGGAAGUGUUUCCAGCUGGGUGGCUCCAAGAGUCCCUUCUCAGGACUGUCUCUGUUCGACCUCAGUAAUGAUGUUCUUGACACUGACUGGGACCAAGAGGUUACAAAGAAAGCCAAAAUAUGAAAUCAUAGGCUACCGUCACAAUGGGUCCGUUUGAUUAUGAACCUCAGACUGAGCAGUAUAGGGCCCCUUUUGAGAAAUACCAUGAUGAGGCAAUCACGUUUUGCUGUGGGCAACAUUACUUUAUUUCUGUGCCUGAUUUUGGAUCUGCUGCCUCGAGUCUAUAAAUAAAGCCUGGAAGUUG